GGCUGUAUGAAUUAUCAAACUUUAACAGAACGCAGUUACUUCCUUUCCUUAGGAAUUCUAACAGAACACCAUCAUAUCUCAAACACUAUGAUACAAUAAGAGUUAAAUAAGAGAAGAGUUUCGAGUUUCCCCCAAAUAAAAAAAACCAACAGCGCAGAGAGAAACAGACACACAUGGAUAAACCACACCCCACCAACCGUUUCCCUCUCCAUUCAUUUCCUGGCCACAACAAAAAAACAACAAACACAGCAAUAUAGCAUCGCAUAAACGUUCUCACUUCUCACUUUUCUUUUUCCCUCUUCUCCGUUUUCAUGAAUAUGGAGCGCUACACGCUACCGGCACCACCCAAUAUUAUUCCCGAGGAAGAAGAAAACAUUGCCAUUGCCAUGGGUGCCCCUCUUAUCCCUUCCUUUAAAUCCAUGCUUCAACAACACCCUCAACAACUUGACUCUUACUUUAACUCUUCAAUUAGUUCUACUACUAUCCCUUUUGUUCCUAACAUGGACUCUUUUCUCUCUCUUGACCCUUUCUCACCUUCUUUCUUCAACAACAGCAGCAGCAGCAACAUGGCCCUCGACCCGGGUUUUGAUUUGGGCCUGGACACUGGGCUUCACUCUUCUGCUCCUGCUCCCCAUCUUUUUUCCCAGGCCCACAUGAUGGGCUUCGAGUUCUCGGACCUCGAAGCCCUGGCUGGACCUGGGAAUGUAAAUGUCCCGUUUGCGGACGGGGCAAAGGCGGCUGCUCUGCUGCGGUCUCCUCAUUUCGAGCCGCCGCAGCAGCAGCCGACGCUGUACCGGAAGCGGAGGGGGACAGCCGCGGAGAUUCCGGGGCUGGAGAUGGUGAGAAGGAAGGGGAGGAAGUGGCAGGAAGGAGGAGGGGAGGGUGAGGAAGGGAGCAGUGCUGACGUGGGCGGUUCCGGGUUGAACUAUGAGUCUGAUGAGCAGAAUGAGAGCAAUGGGUUGAAGCUGAGUGAGAAUGGUGGAGAUAACAAGGGGAAGAAGAAGGGGCUGCCCGCCAAGAAUCUCAUGGCGGAGAGGCGCCGCCGGAAGAAGCUCAAUGAUAGGUUGUACAUGCUCAGGUCUGUUGUCCCCAAGAUUAGCAAGAUGGAUAGGGCUUCAAUACUUGGGGAUGCAAUUGACUACUUGAAGGAGUUGCUGCAGCGGAUUAAUGAUCUUCAUCACGAGCUGGAGUCAACUCCACCUGGCUCGUCGCUGACACCUUCUUCUUCUACAAGCUUUCAGCCUUUAACACCCACCCUGCCAACCCUUCCCUGUCGGGUCAAGGAGGAACUGUAUCCUGGCACCUUGCCAAGCCCUAAAAACCAAGCUGCAAAGGUUGAGGUUAGAGUAAGGGAAGGGAGAACUGUCAACAUUCAUAUGUUCUGCACCCGCCGACCAGGUCUUUUGCUUUCUACCAUGAAGGCUUUGGAUAACCUCGGAUUGGAUGUACAGCAGGCUGUUAUUAGCUGUUUUAAUGGCUUUGCUUUAGAUGUGUUCAAAGCUGAGCAAUGCAGAGAAGGCCAGGAUGUCCUCCCUGAGCAAAUUAAAGCGGUGCUCUCGGAUUCUGCUGGCUUCCAUGGUAUGAUGUGAUUGGAAUGCUUGAUAAAUGCUUCCCCCUGAUAGAGGAGCCAACCGUAGUUGCUGUAGCUUGCAGUUUGUAAAUGCAUUGCUUCUUCUUCUCCUUUGAACUGUUUAGGCCCAGAUCAAAUAGGUUAGUUAAAUCUGUAGUUUUAGGAGUUAGCUUUGAUAUUUUGUUCAAUUCUGCUUCUGACGAAAGCGAACUUAUGCUGUUGUCUUUAUUAUUAAGAGAUGUAAUAAAUCGUUUUAUUUCUUUUCGUUUCUUUUUUA